AUGGCGUCCCUGGGGCCUGAGCCCGACGCCGAGGCCCCUCGCGUCUCCACCUCGGAGACAUGCGGUGCCUCUUCUCUGUCCGGUGCCCUGUUCUGUUGCGAGGACCCCUCCCGGGACCCGGCCAAGACCCCUCCGCUGGCCGCGGGUCCCAGCUCUUUCCUCCCGCGGAACGUGCUCAGUGAGAGGGAGCGCAGGAAGCGGAUCUCAGCAAGCUGUGAGCACCUACGGGCCCUGCUGCCCCGCUUUGCUGGCCGGCGGGAGGACAUGGCUUCGGUGCUGGAGAUGGCUGUGCAGUUCCUGCAGCUGGCUCACGCCCUGCUGCCAGACCACGUGCCCCAUGCUGUCCUCCUGCCCUCUGAGGACAUGUGGCAUUCGCUGCAGAACAUCUUGCAAUGGACCCUGGCGAAUCAGAGCCCAGCUAGUGUGCAGUGGGACAGUCCGAGCUGUGAGACCCGGAGUGUGGUGGAGAGCAAAGCCCCAUCAGGGUUGUCUGAGGUGCUGGGCGAGCUGCCCCCACUUCCUGCCCUGCAGGGUGCCCCCAAUGGCUGCAUUGCCCCCGCCCGCUUGCCAUCUGGAAGUGGCUCAGGGCCUUCCAACUCUGCUGUGCCUGCUGUGGUAUUGAGCGCCUUGCUUCUGGAUGAGACCAUCACCUUCUCCCUGCAAUGUGUCUGCCACCUGCUUCUGAGCAUUCUUCUGCAUGUCCCCGCUGAUAGCACGGGUGGCAGGGCAGGCCUCGGGCGGCCUUCCUCCCCUGUGACAAGUAAAGAGGCUCCCAGCUGCCUGGGCCAAGCUGGAUCCCCAGCCAAGGGUGCCAUGGCCCUUCGAGGGCCGGCCCAGGAGGCUCUGAUGUCUGCUCCAGAGGCCAGGCUCCUGUCAGAAUCCCAUGGGGAGGAGGGGACACCCAUCCUGCUGACUGCCAGUGCUGACUGGUUGCCGGGGUCUCUGGAGGGCAGAGGAGGCAGGGGCCUGGCCAAGAACAGCUCCCUGGAUAGGGCAGAACCAGAUGUCCCCGGGGAUCCUGAGCCUGACUCCCAGGAGCUCCAGGAUGGAUCCCCGGAGCUGUGGGGCGCGGACAUGGGCUGGCUGGGCCUGGCUGUGCGAGAUGAGCUGGACAGCAUCUUUCCUGACUUCCUUGCCUGCUAG